AGAACCUCCACAGUGGUUUAAUUUUAUUUAUACUACCUUGUAGUUGGACUUUCCUUCCUUCGUCAUUCCACAAGAAACUACAGGGUACUUUCCGUGUUUUAAGUAAUCAUAUUAGCAGUGUCUGUUGCAUUUUGAGGUUGGAGAAUAAUCGACAUAUUUUGUCACCCGUUUUUCUUUUAGCAUUACCUUUCACAGGUUUAGCUUGCAAGUCCCUUGUAUCAAAGGUUUCCAAGUAUCAAAAUGGCAGCUACUUCGACAACCUCGACGUCGGUGCGAAAAACACCAUCUAUAUCUCCUAAAGAUAUUAAACAAUUACAGCAAUACCAAGAGUACCACCGCAAAAAUGAAAGACUUCUACGGGACGAACCCAACACUUGCAAGGACCCUUUCCUUCAACGAUAUGUUAAGAGUAACUAUGUGUUAAACUUCAAUAAUUCCUCUUAUUCCAGUGAUAUUUACUCCAAGUAUAUGUCCACGAAUUUGAACUUGGACCACAAACACAAUAGAAGCAGUCUUAAGGGUAAGAAGCACUAUAUUCCUAGUCGAAGAAGGAAAAGCCGGUUAUUGACAGUGUAUGAUCAUAAAUCUUCAGGCUCCGCUUCUUCCGAUUCAACACCCACAUUCAAAGAAUCCCACUAUCAUCCAAAACAUACUGCUAACAACUAUAUCAAGACUUCUGAUUUAAAAGCUAAUGUUUCUGAGCUGUCGAACCAAAAGCUCGUCAAAUUAGUACCAGAAGACUUUGUAAUGUGUAAUAUCAAUGAUUUGAUUGUAUUGAUAUCCAGAAUGUUGGCCAACUUAAUCAGUUUGAAUAAUAAAUUGGUUCCCAAUUCCAUAAUAAAUGGGGAGGAUAACAAAAAGGGUUCUCUUCUAACAAGGUAUCAUUCAAGAACCCCUCCAAACAUCUCGAUUAUCAACUACUUGACUAGAUUAACAAAGUUUAAUAAUUUCUCCAAUGCCAACCUUUUGACAUGUAUUUAUUACAUUGAUUUGUUAUCCUAUAACUAUCAACCAUUUUUCACAUUGAACAGUUGGACAGUGCACAGAUUCUUGCUUAUCGCUACCAUGAUAUCCCAAAAAUCUAUGGAAGAUUAUUUCUUCACCAACGAACAUUAUGCUAAAGUGGGAGGAGUGGCAUUAAACGAAUUGAACUAUCUUGAGAUUGAUUUCUUACAGCGGGUCAAUUGGAGGUGCAUUCCUUACAAGACAACUACAAAUGGCCAAUCAAGCAUUAAAGACUCUAAAGAAGUUCUUGAUCUAUACUAUAGACAAUUAAUUGAGCUCAUGGGUCAAAAUUGCAAAGAAAAUGAGUAUAUUUAUGUGUUUGAGAAUCCUAAUGUGCUGAUGGAAGUUGAUAGGCAACUUCCCGAGUACAUAACAACUAAUGAUAUUAACGACAACCACGGUGAUGGUUAUUCAAUUGACAAAUCGAAAUUCAACAAGAAUGGGUUUAGUGUGGAUUCUUCUUCUUCUCCUCAUUUGAAGAGAAGAUAUCCCAAUUCGUAACAUGUGUAUAUAGUUUUAUUUUAGGAUGGGAAAAGGUAUAUGGGUUUAUAUUAAUUAGAAUCUUGAAUAGUUGAUUUGAAAGAUAUUUAUCUAUUCAAUUAUAUUUACAAAGAUGACGAUGUACUCUAUUUAUGAUUGGACAAAAGUGUUUUUGUUUGGUUCAAGGGAGAAUUAGGAUUUCCCUGGAUUGGUGAUUUCACUCCGGUUCUAUUGUCGCUUGGGAAGUACCCUUUUGAUUUUAGAGGUCUCGAAUAACCUUGAUCUGAUUGAGAUGAUCUGGUCUUAUUGGUUGAUUUAGACCUGGGUUUGUUUGACAGCGUGCUCUUUGAACUGACAUGACUCUUGUAAGCGAAUUCUUUAGUUACAGCUUUUGUCAUGGCCGACAAAUGCUUCAAAUAGAGCACUGGAUCUGGUCGCUCUCUGAUGAUCUUGUAAACCAAUGACCACUUAUCAUCAGUAGAAGUUGGCAAUUUAUGUAAGUCCAUCCUUUUAUCAUUAAGCAAUUGGAUGGUUUCAACUGUAUAGCUGACAAUAUUUCGGUCGCUGAUGGUGGAUUUAUUGAAGUCAUCUAGGGCUGUCUUGUAAGAUUUCAACAAUUCUUUACGAGCCAGUGCUAGCUCUUCGGUAUUAUCUUUGAAUUUCUCACUUGCCUCUUUUAAGGCUCGAUUAAAGUCUUCUUUGAUCAAGU